UCCGUCAAUAGAAAAAAUAAAGACAAAUUUUCUUCCAAGUUUUCCUCCAAAAUGAUCAAAUUUUCAUAGAAAGGUGAAACCAAAGGUUCUUCCUUCCUUCCAUAGUUCCAUUCCCGACUCCACGGCCUCUUCAAUUGCCUCCGGCUCAAACGGAAGUUGUCUGAAACUUCCCUCUCCAUUCUAUAUCUAAUGUUGGGGAUGGCGUUGUAAAGCUUUUCCUCAUUGGAGGACGUCGUGAAUUGGCAGAAUGCGGUUGUUUCCUUCGACUUCGAGAACUGGUUCUUCCAAGGAGCGUGGAAAUGGAGGAAGUAAUCAUGCUUUAUUAUAUCUUAAUGUGUAUGAUCUCACCCCAAUUAACAAUUAUCUCUACUGGUUCGGACUUGGCAUUUUCCACUCAGGCAUAGAAGCGCAUGGUUGUGAGUAUGGAUUUGGAGCACAUGAAUAUUCUAGUAGUGGAGUAUUUGAGGUAGAACCAAAAAGUUGUCCUGGUUUUGUCUUCAGGAAGUCUAUACUUAUAGGCACUACUGAUAUGUCACGUUCCGAAUUUCGAUCAUUAAUGGAGCAUAUAUCUGGAAAAUAUCAUGGGGAUUCUUACCAUUUGAUUGCUAAGAAUUGCAAUCACUUUACUGAUGAAGUUUGCACGCGCCUCACUGGGAAGCCUAUCCCUGCAUGGGUGAAUCGAUUAGCCCGAGUAGGUUCUUUCUGCAACUGUUUAUUGCCACAGAGUAUUCAGAUAACAGCAGUCAGACAUUUGCCUGAUCAUCCACUGUAUUCUGAAGAAGAUGGUACGGAUUCUAUGGUAUCAUCUAUGACAGGCGAGAGCGAUGAGGAGGAAUUGGAUCAUCAAUUGCUGAAUAUGCCGCCACCAAACGAAGAUGUAGCAUUUCUCAAGGAAAAACCUGUGAGGAUGACAACUACUCAAGAUUCUUCUCUUUAAUAUUUCUUUCAAUUCAUUUGUGAUUGGCAAUAUGUUGUCUGUUUCCUGUUUGUUUGUUUGUUUGUCAAGUGUAAGUUCAGUUGUUUUUAAUGGGAUGCAAUUAAUCCUCUAAUUAGGUUUGGUUUCAUUGAAUUGUGCUGAGAAGGUUGAAAGUGGCACACACAUUGCUUAUAUAGGAAAAUUGUUGAUAACUGUUUACAAACAUCACUACUGUUUGUUUACUUUUUGCGAGUGUAUAAAUUUCUGAUGUUGUCUUUCUGUAACAUAACUAACUUCUUUCAGGUGACUGGUUGGGU